CCGUGAGGCGCUGCUUCUGCACAGGCGCGUCGGCCCCCUCUGAGCCGGGCUCCAUUGGCUGACUGACUCAGAGCCGGGAGCUCCGAUUGGCUAAGGGUCCUGAGGCGACAGAUUCCGGAAAGGGAAAGAGCAGCCAAUAUGGCGGCGGAGCGCGGCGCGGGGCAGCAACAGUCGCAGGAGAUGAUGGAGGUUGACAGGCGGGUCGAGUCUGAAGAGUCAGGCGAUGAGGAGGGGAAGAAGCAUAUUGGUGGCAUCGUGGCAGAUCUCAGCGAGCAGAGCCUGAAGGAUGGAGUAGAGCAGGAGGAACAUGAGCUGGCAGUGGACAUGGAAACCAUUUGCCUGGACCGGGAUGCAGAGGAUGUGGAUCUGAAUCACUAUCGCAUUGGGAAAAUCGAAGGCUUUGAGGUGCUGAAGAAAGUGAAGACUCUCUGCCUCCGUCAGAACUUAAUUAAGUGCAUCGAGAACCUAGAGGAACUGCAAAGCCUCCGAGAGCUGGAUCUCUACGAUAACCAGAUAAAAAAGAUCGAGAACCUGGAGGCACUAACUGAGUUGGAGAUUCUAGAUAUUUCUUUUAAUCUGCUGAGAAACAUUGAAGGGAUUGACAAAUUGACUCAGCUGAAAAAACUCUUCUUGGUCAACAAUAAAAUCAGUAAAAUUGAGAACUUAAGUAACUUACAUCAACUGCAGAUGCUGGAGCUGGGAUCCAACCGCAUCCGGGCAAUUGAAAAUAUCGACACUUUAACCAAUCUUCAGAGUUUGUUUCUGGGGAAAAACAAAAUUACUAAGCUUCAGAAUUUGGAUGCCCUCACCAACCUGACUGUUCUCAGUAUGCAGAGCAACCGGCUGACGAAGAUCGAGGGUCUACAGAGCCUGGUGAACCUGCGGGAGCUCUACCUCAGCCACAAUGGCAUCGAGGUCAUUGAGGGCCUGGAAAACAAUAACAAACUCACGAUGUUGGACAUUGCAUCAAAUAGAAUAAAAAAGAUCGAAAAUAUCAGCCAUCUAACAGAGCUGCAGGAGUUCUGGGAUGCCAUGAUGGAUAUGCAAUCCGGUGUGGGUAGCUGUUUAAAGCAUUUUGGCAGUCUUUCUCCAUUGUCCUCUGGUUUGCAUGUUUGUUGAGAAGUCUGCAGUCAUUCUUAUAUAACUCUGGCGGCUGGCCUUGAGCUCACUUUGUAACCCAGGCUGGUGUCAAACUCACACUGAUCCUCCUGCCUCACCCUCCUGAGUGCUGGGGUUACAGGUGUGUGCCACCACACCCAGCUUUUUAAUUUUAUUUUUAUAAAAUAAAAUACGGCUGCUUUUUAAUUUUAUUUUUAUUUUAUUUUAUUUAUUUAUUUUUGGUACCAGGAAUCUCUGCGACCUUGCACUUGCCAGGCAGGUGCUUGUGCCACUGAGCUAUAUUCCCAGCCUUUAAAUAUUCUUUUUAAUAAACUUUGAUUUGGUUUGGUUUUUGAAACUUGAAUAGAA